ACAUGGCAACACAGCAUCCAAUUGCACCUUCACUCUCCUAUCCUUUAAGAUAAGCCCCUGCUUUACAUUAACAGAUUCGCACGUUUUUGCUUCCCGUACGUACAUAAAUCAAACACGCAGCGCCUAUACUAACUGAAGAAAAUCUUGGCUGAAAGCCUAAAAUGGCUUCUGCUUGUGCUUCCUCUGCCAUUGCAGCUGUCGCCAUCUCUUCCCCCAGUUCCCAAAAGACUGGAUCAGCAUUGGGUGCAACAAAAGCUUGUUUCCUUGGUGGGAGGAAAUUAAGAGUGAGAAACAAUACGGCACCCAGAGGAACACGAUCACUCUCGGUGUGUGCUGCUGCUGCUGACCCUGAUAGGCCUCUCUGGUUCCCAGGCAGCACCCCUCCUCCAUGGCUCGACGGCAGCCUCCCUGGAGACUUUGGUUUUGAUCCUCUGGGUCUUUCAUCCGAUCCCGAGAGCCUAAGAUGGAACGUACAAUCCGAGCUUGUGCACUGCAGAUGGGCAAUGUUAGGCGCUGCGGGUAUUUUUAUUCCAGAGUUGCUAACAAAGAUUGGCAUCCUGAACACCCCAUCUUGGUACACUGCUGGAGAGCUGGAAUACUUCACUGACACAACCACUCUCUUCAUCAUCGAGCUGAUCUUGAUCGGCUGGGCCGAGGGAAGACGCUGGGCAGACAUCAUCAAGCCAGGGUCUGUAAACACAGACCCCAUCUUUCCAAACAACAAGCUCACAGGGACAGACGUUGGCUAUCCUGGAGGACUUUGGUUCGACCCACUUGGGUGGGGAACCGGUUCUCCUGAGAAGAUCAAGGAGUUAAGGACAAAAGAAAUCAAGAACGGGAGGUUGGCAAUGUUGGCUGUGAUGGGUGCGUGGUUCCAACACAUUUACACUGGCACAGGCCCCAUUGACAACCUCUUUGCCCACCUUGCUGAUCCUGGUCACGCCACUGUUUUUGCUGCUUUCACCCCCAAGUGAGGAAGAAAGCUGUACAUGACUGCAAGCGUGAGACAGACAAGGAGUGAUCGAUUUUUACCUACGUAGGUGGCUUAAAAGAUGUGUGCUUUCAGAAGGAAUGUUUGUAUCAGUGGAACUUGUGUUGUGUUUGAUCAUGUCUUCCUACAGACUGCUCAUGCAAUGUAUAAAUGCCUCUUUAAAAUUAGAAAUAUUGCUGAAUAUUAGUUCGGACAGAUUACAGUAAUGAAAUUUGCUUCAAGAAUUAUCUAACGU